AUGAAGAAAAUACAUGGGGUAAAAAAAAAAGAGUUUGAAAGAGCCAAAGAUANACCAGCAAAACUACCACCUAAGCCACUCGAAUUCUGGGCAUAUGAGGGUUCCCCAUUCUGCAAACUUGUACGAGAAGUUCUUGUAGAAUUAGAGUUACCACACAUUCAGCGCAGUUGUGCUCGCGGUAGCCCCAAACGGCAGGAAUUGCUCGAAAAAGCUGGUCACUUUCAGGUGCCUUACCUGGAAGAUCCAAACACUGGAGUUGCGAUGUUUGAAAGUGCUGAAAUCGUUGAAUAUCUCAAGCAAACUUAUGCGGCUUAAGUUUUCUUCUUCCUCACUCACUCUGUACCGUAUAGAUAUAUCAUAUAUGUGAAUUGUGCAUGUUCAACUACUUACUGUUCCAACACAAAACUUAAACACAGUUAAGUGUAGGGUUGAAAUAUGAAGAAAAUGUACUUAAAUGUGUAAAAACCUGAUUUAGUGACAUUAAUUGUCUAAACUCUGAUUCGUUCUU